GCCCGCGCGGGGAGUUUCCCCGCACUCAGCGCCCCGCUCAGCGCCACCAGUGACGUCACUGAAGCGCCGUCCCUAUUUGUGUGGCGCGGAGACGCGGCGCGCCCGGCACUCCCGGGGCCGCGGCUCGCCCUCGCCUCCCACCUCCCACCCCGUGUGUCUUCUGCGAGCUGCGUUGCGGAAGAGCGGGCCGGGGCCGGAACGUCGGCCCUGCGCCCCGAGGUUGAUGGCUGCGGCGGGGCUACCGGCGCGUCGAUGACUCAAGCGCGGUGAUGGGACGUCCCGCCGGCCACGCCGCUCGCUGUCCGCGGCAUGGGGCUGAAGCCGAGCUCUGACGGGCGAGCCCGGACCGCCUCGGGGCCAGGGAUUGCGGGGGUCUCGGGCCACCAGCCCCAUCCUCUCCAUCACCCCCACCAGCCACACCAACACCACCACCAGCCGCAUCAUCAUCACCAUCACCACCACCAUCAGCAGCCGCCGCCGCCGCCGCCGCACGCGGGGCUGGCGCUGGGGCGAGCCGUGCUGGGGCCGCACAGCCCGGGACUAGCGGGCAGCCAGGGACCGGGGCAGCAGCUGCUCCUGCACGCGUCGGCGAGGACUCGAUCGGGCGGCACGGGCAGCGCUCCCGACGUGCGGCGCAACGCGUCCAUCCCCAUCCCCGGCCGGACGGCGUCGUUGGCAGCAAGCGGUGGUGCCAACGGGCGGCAGGGAGCCGGAGCGAGCCCCGGGGCCCACGGGCAUGGGAACGCGCAUGGACACGGGGACACGGGUGCGUCGGGACCGGCGCAGCACGAAGACGCGGGGGGGUCUGGGCGCGCGGGACGGCGCGCGGGGAGCCGCGGAUCGGCGAGACGUGACGAGGGUGCCUCGCUCUCUCGCUCGCUGCCCUUGCACCUCAGCCCCAGGAUAUUCGGUGGGUUCAAGUGCCCCCUGUGCUCCAAGUCGUUCAUCGCCGACGAGAUGGAAGCGCACAUAUCCCUGUGCCUGGCCAAGCCCCGGAUCACCUACAACGAUGAUGUGCUGAGUAAGCACAGCGGGGAGUGCGCCAUCUGCCUGGAGGAGCUGGAACUGGGAGACACCAUCGCCCGGCUACCGUGCCUCUGCGUCUACCACAAAGGCUGCAUCGACUCCUGGUUUGAGAUCAACCGCUCGUGCCCCGAGCACCCGGCCGACUGAACGACUCGCCCAGGAGGUGCAUGGGGAGGGUGGCGGGGAGGAGGAGGAGGAGGAGAUGGGGGUGUGGAGCUCAACCUCUCUCCUCGCCACCUGAACCCAAGCUGCAAACGACGAGAAAUCCCAGCCGCCACCGUAGUGGAACGAUGGCGUGGGUUCCCGGGACGCCCACGGCUUUCAGGUGGCACCCCGACGCUCGCGAAGAGCGCGCCGCCCUUUGUGCAUUCUGCAAAACCCACCAGCAGCUCCUGAAGAAGUUGCACUGUGGUCCUCUCGGCUUGAGGUUUACCCCCUCCGCCUUAGCCGUAGCGACGUUGUCCAGGCAGUGCGGGCGUAGGAAGGGCAGGGGCUGCAUCACUCCGCGCCGUUCGCUGCCUCACGAGUUCCCCAAAUGUGGACGGCAGCCCUGGGUGCGUUCCGUGUCAAGAGAGGAACCACGCGGACUUUCUUGCUUCCAUGGCAUUCCCUGAUAACGUAAGCCUGCCCCUUCUCCACCAUCAUCACCACUACCAACAACAAUUGAAGUUUGUCCGCCUUGAAACAUUCAGAAAUUUUGCCCGUACAUUCGUGAUUUCCGAUCGCCGCGUUCGGUUGCCGACGCGGAUCAGCGAACUGGGUCAGCAAGCGGCAGUUCAGGUAGCAGAGCCGACAGCGACACCAGUGAAGGGAGCGGGGGACUUGGGAGCGAUGAGGAGCGUCCGCGCUGCGCUUGCGCGAGCGUUCGCUACGCCGGUUGAUGCUCUUUGCAGUCGUAACCUGCCUGCCUGGGAUAUUAAAAACCUCAACGCUGUCGUCAAUAGCAACACCGUGGCCUUACGAAGGAAGCGCAUAUAAUAGGCGACGUUUCGGGCAAUGGCCCCUUCGUCAAAGCACAUGCAUGAAGAAGGGACAUUGCCCGAAACGUCAUCUUAUUUACGCUUCCUUUGUAAGGCCACGGUGUUGCUCUUGACGACUGUGCUGAGGGUUUUGUUUAGCGUGCCACUGGCGAUGUGGCAGCAGCAGCAGCAGCUACAUCACGAAAUAAUUUGCUUAUCUAACGACUCAUUCUAGUUGACGAUCUCACACUAAUCAUUCAAAGUUGACAAUCGAACAAUAAUGAUUCAACCACGGAGGGUAGCGUUCGCUGCGACAACCCCCGUGUCGCGCUCACACUCGCCGUGCUGCUCUGCUCUCGGCGUCCGUCUCCCAUUGCGGGUGAUGGCCGGCAGGGAGUGGACCGUGCCUCCGUGGGACCCGUGCCACCGUGGGCCCCGUGGCCCGUGCCUCCGUGGGACCCGUGCCACCGUAGGCCCCGUGCCUCCGUGUGCCCCGUGGCCUGUGCCCCGUGCCUCCCUGGGCCCCAUGGCCCGUGCCUCCCUGGGCCCUAUGGCCCCGUGCCUCCCUGGGCCCCGUGGCCCGUGUCGCCAUGGGCCCCGUGGCCCGUGCCACCGUUUUUCGCCCUCCACGGACCGCCGCGCCCACGCUGACUGCGGACGUUACGGUGGAAACUCGCCACCCUAUAUUUUUUGUUGAACCGUUAUUUUUUGCACUUUUUUAAAUUUGCUUCUUGUUUCACGAAAUAAAGAACGUCGAGGCCACUCCGCUACAGUUGCGCACCCCCCCCCCCCCCUUCUCCUCCACAGCACGAGCAGUGAGCCUCUCCUGCGAGCGCGUGGGGGGUGGGGGGCCCCGGGGCGUUUACCAGCGGUGCUUCACACGGCCGGUUCAAUUCCCACUCCACGUGGUGGUUGUACGGGAGAUUGAGCGCCGUGUCCCAGUAGCCCGCCGGAAGGCCGUUGACUUGCGUGCAGCCACUUUCAAUUUGCUGGCAGAAGAGAGAUAUUUUAAUUUGAGGCAUAUUUAAAUGCUUUUUUUUUUUUUUUAGACGCCAAACCACUUCGAGUCUCGGAGAGUACCUCGUCUUUUAUUGCGCGACAGAGGCUGGAACACAGCGUCGUUGUCAUACCUGUCAACCCCUUAUCAGUGCCCUACCUUAUGACAGGCCAAUUCAGACCUUAUUGGUCACCCCCGUGCCCUUAUACAUCGCAACGUGCAUCCUACAAAGUCCCAUCACAAGGGAGUAA